AUGUCUCAGCAGCUCAAUAAUUUUAUAACCGCGGCGCAAAAAGGCUGGCCGGAGGUCGAGAUGAAAGGGAGGCCGGGCGGCGAGGGACAGGAGAAGACUAACGAGGCCUUGGAUGAGACAGGGUUCAAUGGGGGCGAGCCGGUGACCAGCAGCUACAGCGCCAUCGAAAGCGGAAGCACAAGCGAUAUCGACACCGUCAGAAUCAUCAUCAUCAGCAGUAGCAGCAGCAUCAUCAGCAGAAGCAACAGCAGCAGCAUCAGCAGCAACAGCAGCAUCACCAUCAUCAUCAGCAGCAGCAGCAGUAGCAGCAUCAGCAGCAGCAGCAUCAUCAGCAGUAGCAGCAGCAGCAUCACCAUCAUCAGCAGCAGCAACAGCAGCAGUAGCAGCAUCAUCAGCAGUAGCAGCAGCAUCACCAUCAUCAGCAGCAGCAACAGCAGCAGUAGCAGCAUCAUCAGCAGUAGCAGCAGCAGUAUCAGCAUCACCAUCAUCAGCAUCACCAUCAUCAGCAACAGCAGCAGCAUCAUCAUCAGCAGCAGCUGUAGCAGCAUCACCAUCAGCAAGAGCAGCAUCAUCAGCAACAGCAGCAGCAUCGCCAUCAUCAGCAGCAUAAUCAUCAGCAAGAGCAGCAGCAUCAUCAGCAAGAGCAGCAGCAUCAGCAGCAGCAUCAUCAGCAAGAGCAGCAGCAUCAUCAGCAUCAGCAACAGCAGCAGUACCAUCAUCAGCAGCAGCAGCAUCCGCAAGAGCAGCAGCAGCGAGGAAGAGGAUGACAGCGCCACGUCCACGGGGCGAGCGCGGCUGGCGAUGGAGACUAGCAGCGGAGCGAGCCUGACCCAACCCAGAGGCCGUCGCCUCCUCGUCGUCCUCCUCCUGCCAGGAGCGACCUCCACCCAGCGCCGCUGACACCCGCGUCGUCCUUAACCCACCACCACACUCCACGGG